AUGAAGUCUUCCCUGUUGCUUGUGCCUUUGUUCUCGUCGUUGGCGAUUGCGCACUCCAAAUGGUACCCCUUGAAUGCCGAAGAAGAGGCCGUGUUCAACCCACCACCCUACUCGUCUGGAGACCAGGUUCCAAUACAAUGUAUGAAAAGAAACAUUGAUUCGGGAGAGCACAUAUCCGAUUCUAAGGGAAAUAUUCUGUUUGAGUUAUUUCCAAGUUGCAAGGAGACGGGUAAGAGCAUGGCCCUUAAGUAUGAGACAGACGAGGAUUUCGUGUGCACCAUAAGCCUGCCCGAUGAACAGUACCAUUUGUUCCAGUACUACGUUCACGAAGAUGCGCCUUUCUCGUGCAAAAUCCCUGUCGGAGAUAAGGCUGAAUUGUUUGUGCCGCUUACGUUCAAUUUGCGUGGCCAUGUUGCUGAAUCGCACAUUGAUGUUGAUCCAAGUGUGAAUGUGCUUAGUGUGCUACCACAUGGAUACGGAGGUAUCGUCAGUUCUGUUGCCUGGUCUUCAAGCACAAACACCACCAGGGUGGUUAUAGGAGAUGAGCUCCCGCUACACAUAUCUACUAGGUGGGUAAGACAAUCCAGUGCCAACAAGAAGUUAAACGGACUACCCUAUGCAGAUGGCUUUUACAGGCUUCCACGCCAAAGUCCCAUAGGUCCUGCGUUCUAUAUUUUCAUCACGAUGACUGUCACAUGUGCACUGAGUGUUGUUGUGACACAUGCUUAUUUGAACCUCAAGGCAGCACGGGGAUACCAGGUAAGAUUGGGUACCGAGGGUGGAAUCUCCAAGAGAGACUGA